CGUAGUAGAGCUGUCAAACUGGACUGGUUCAGCGCUGUUACUAGGCGAAGAAAAACCCAUGGCGUCCCUAGCGGUAUAAAAGUGUGGUUCUGGAUGAAAAGUGACCACAGCACAAAUGAUUUCCAGCAGGUGACAUACGCUUUCCCGAGCUCUCAGCUCUUGGCUUUAGCCACCUUUAAACAAGGACAGACUACAUCAUUCCCUUGCCAGCUCCAAGCUUCUUCUCCAACACCAAAGCUAGUUGAGUUUCUUGUCGGUCUCCCAGCAGACGAUAUAUACAACAAAGGAUUCAUUUUCUCAUCAAGAUCUAGUAGGAAGAAAGAACUACAUCAUCAUCAUGACGUUUCUCAAGAACAAGAUGGAAGGCGCUAAACUGACUCUGCGAAAGCAAUGGGGAUGGGUGGUGACCUGUUCAUCCUUCAUCGUCUUCUUCGCUCUCUUUGGGUUCCUCUACUCAUAUGGCAUCAUCUUCGUGGCCCUCAAGGAUGACUUAGGCAGCAACGCAUCACCUACCAUUUCGGCAGCCAUAUAUAUUAUGUCUGUCCCCUCCAUAGAUAAUUUGAACGAUAAAGCCCACCGCCAUGACCACCGCUACUACCAGCGACCACGCCCACGAGCAACAACCCUCUCUACCAGUGCCAGAAACACGCCCCUGAUGCUCGAACCAUGCAAAACAUAUGUGUAUUCCCUUUUCUCUCAAUCUCAGGCUGGGUGGGUUCGAUCGCCAUUGGUUUCCACACCCUGGGCAGCUUGGUUUCCAACCCCCUCGUCGCUCGCUUCGGUGCUCGACCUAUCGCCGCCAUCGGCCUCCUGAUGUGCUUCUCCUCGCUCGUCAUUACGUCGUUCAUGCCGUCGAUCAUGCCGAUGUUCUUCACCUUCAGUGUCCUCUACGGCUUCGGUAUCAACAUGGUCCUCAUCUCUUCCAUCAGCCUCAUCCUCAAGUACUUCCCACACAAGAACUGCUCUAGGGCGACCAGCUUGGCCCUCAUUGGGACCACCGCAGGAAUGUUAGUGAUGAACCUGUUCAUCUAUUACCUGGUGUCCCAGUUCGGUUGGCGAAACAUGUUCCGUAUCAUGGCCGGUAUCAUCCUCGCCCUCGGCGUUCCAUCCGUCUCCACAUUCUGUCAGCCUCCCAAACCACCCACCCAUGUCGACGACGACGAUGAGAAGAAGAAGCCCGUGGACGCCAUCGAGGUCAAACUCAGCCCGGCCGCCAUCGCCAAGGCAGCCGAAGCCGAGGGACUUUUGCCACCCACCGAAUCGGACCUGAAGAAAUCGUGUACGGAGGUGAGGUUGGACGUCGACCAGGAUGUCAAAGUUCAGAUCCCAGGCAAACCCGUAUCCAGGUCAAAGGCGAUCACACAGAGGUUGAAGGUCCUGACCUUCCCGGAAGUCUGGUUCCUCGCCCUUGGCCUGAUGGGAUGCGCAAUGACCAUGAGUUUCUACUACGUCAGCAUGGUAAACUUCAUGACGACCGCCGGCAUCGUCGAAUCCAAGUGCGCCCUGAUCAUGGCCGUGGUCGCCAUCGCCGAGGUGUGCGGCAAGGCCUGUCUCGGUAUCUUCGGUGAUCACCUACCAUUCCCUAAGGUUUAUCUCUUCGUUCUCUCCAGCGUUGUCGGCAGUGGAAUCAUGUACGGCCUCACCGUCGCUAAGACCGUGCCCUCGAUGAUGUGCGUCGCAGUCGUUACUGGUUUCCUUAUCAUGACGGUGUUUGAUGCUCUCCCGUAUUCCAUCUGCAAUCAAGUGUUUGGGGCUGCUAGGAGCGUCGAGGCAUGCACUGUCAUCCUGGUCGCCAACGGUCUCGGACUCAUCCUCGGAUCCCUGUUCGGCGAGAGUGUCGACAAGACCGGUUCAUACGAUGAUGCAAUCUAUGCUAGCAUUGGUAUCUACGUCGCCGCAACAGCCCUGUUCUUAUUGGUCCCAUUCUACCAAAGAUGCUUCGCUCCUGAUCGAUACAUCAUGGCCAGGACCAAGCCCAAGUCCGUCAACGAGAUCGAAGCCAUGGGCCCGUUCGAGACCUGGAUCUUCCUGCCCCCAGCCAUCGAGAGCACGGUCCAUCUCGACUUCGAAUCCUCGGUGUGAACACAACCCACGCCGAUCGACUCGCUGACCUCAUGAUGCACGACUAGCCUUGAAGCCUGUUAGGACGAGUUCACAAUUCAACUUAAUCUCCAACGCUACCAUAGAUUUAUACGGACUUCAAUACCUUAGUAUGAACUGAGCUCUAUGGUGUGUGCGAUUGGGACUUCGACUUCCGGGUGGAUGGCGAUUGUUAACUCAGAUUACGGACACGCGACGAUGAUGAUUACGAUGAUGAUGACGACUUCGGUCGCCGGUGAUAUUUAAUUGCCGCCACAUCAGCCGCGUCAAAACCAAAACUUAACGCGAAAGACAUGCUGAUGACACAGCAGCUAAACUGAUUGUGAUGUCAUGUGACGUCAUGUGACGUCGCUGCUUUAAAAUGACAGUUGCUGCUGGAAGAAACAGACUAAGAACUAACGCAUCAAAACUUAAAUUAAGUUUUUUCUGCAUGUAAUUCUUCCAGGUUGAAGUGACUGCAUUUUCCUCUUUACCAGACCAUCUGGUUCUUCACAGAAAAGGGGAAUUCUGCCAAUAUUCUAGUGGUAUUUUCAUGAGACUCUUAUACCUAAAAAAAAAAAGCGUAUGUACCUACCAAGGAAAAAGCAUUUUAUUACAACUUCUUAUCAAGUUAUUUUAAGUUCCAAUAUAUCUAUACAAAAAAAUACGGUUUAUGGAUGUUUAUUACACAAAAUGAUGUGUGUUUCGGCGCAUGUCUAAAGCAAGUCACUGUUCAGUGACUUUCGGCACUUAUUAGAAACAUUUUCUUCUAUUUUUGUUUCAAUUAUACAAGACACUCUCUGUCAACAAUGCAAUUUUACUUCACAAAUGAUUCGAUAUCUCUAUCGAUAUAUCGAUGAAUAUUUCCAGCGUCGUUGAGACGCAAAUUUGAAACGCCGCACAAUUAUAUGUACUAUAACUCGGCAGAGAUUUAAAGAAUGCCUGGAUAUCAGGUAUCGGAGAUACUAUACUAGUGUGUGAUAUUUAUACCAGGGAGGUCCCUGACUUGAAUUCCCCUAUGUGUGAUGGGAAAACAAAUCUUCUUUUUCGUUCUUUCAUGUUAUUAUUCGUGAGGGAACUUACUUUAAAAUAGUAGCAUUAAUUUAUUGGAAUAUUAGGAUAUUUAAAUGAAAUUCCAACGAAAAGCAAUGCAAAUAUUUCUUCAUGUAAUUCCAUAAAUUACGCAAGAAAUUAGCAGCACUGCGCAGGCGCAGUUUUAAGAUUAUGACGAUGGAUAUUUCAGUUGUGUUGAAAUUCCCCUUUUUUUAGAGAGAGACAAACAUAUAUAUAAAUUUAUAUAUAUAUAUAUAUAUUAUACUGUUGACAAAUUUAAGCGCGGGCGCUGAAAGUAUUGUGAUUAUGACCGUCACUGACUAGAUAAAUCAAAUAGUUCAACGAUUUCAGGUGAAAAAAGUAAAUAUUAAUUUUGUACAGAGAGAAUAAUAUAUGAAGCUUACUUGAUGCACCUAACAUGAAUAUUAUAUAGCUAUAAAAAGAAAGCUAGCUUAUUUCUCCUUUUCUCGUGGACUAUUUGAUUUAUCAGGGUGACGAGAUGCUGCAUGAUGUUUAUAAAUUAUGACAUGAUAUGUUAAAGAUUAUCGAGGGAGAAAAUCCAUUCCUUUUUUUUUCUGUGAGUCAUUAGGUUUAUUCUGAUUUAUUCGUAUAAAUGUUACACACUUGUUACAAUUGUAUUGUAAGAAAUAAAGUUUAAUUUGUCGUAUAGAGCCAGAGCUCACAUUCGUCGAAACGUUUCAAUAGGUUGGUAUGAUGUUCUUAGAUGUUAUUGAGUCGAAGUUAUGUUUCAUAUAUUCGUUUUAAAGUGCUGAAAAAACAUAUGUUCUUGUAUAUUACAAUAACAUGUAUUUUUAAAACACAUAGGCCUAUGUGUAACUCAUUUUAGUUCAUAUUUUAUCGUCUUAUUUUGUUUUGUUUUGCGGGUGCAAUGUUGACCAACACGGCACCCUUCCGUAUUAACACCAUUAUUUCGUAAAGAUUGUUACCUAUUAGUAUUAUUUUGAUCAUCUCUUUUAUUUUUGUUUUAAGGGAGUCUAGAUAAACUACUGCUAUUCUUGUCAUGUUCAUAAACUGUGUUAUAACUGAUUCAAUUUUUGGAAUCGCAAUAUAUUUUACGGUGUGUAUGUUUUUGUAUGUAUAUGUAUAUUGAUGGAAUAAAAUUCAUAUGUCUUGUGAUAAUUUAUACAAAACAAA